UAGAUCUUCAGACAGUCUUCAAAGUUGUAUUUCUAGUCACAUCACCUGGAAAUUCAACACACUGAUUUACCAUGGCUACCAGCCCACCAGCAGCCAAACGGUUCAAACAGGAAGUAGCAGAUGCCAGUGGAUACCUUGUUCAAUUAUCACCAAAGAAACUGAGUGCUAGAAACAACCCAUACAUGAAGGGAACCCUUCAGACAUCAGUGAAGGACUACCAAGACGUUGUAGUUUAUGAUAUGUCCAAACAGUCAAAUCUUGAGGAAUUCGCCAAAACAAAGUCACCCGUAAAACUAAAGAAUGUAGCAGUUGAAGAUCAAACGUUAAUUGUCAAAAGACAAACACAAAUCGUAAAACUGCCAGUCUUGAACUUCCAUUACGAUGCAAAAACUACAAAAACAUACACUAUUGCUGAUUUACUGAAGGAUUCUCCUCUGGACAAAACACUGGUAGACAUCAAACUGGCCAAAGUUCUACACAUCCAUCCAGCCGUUUUGAAGACUAUCCCAUACACCAAUGAGAAAAAGAAAGUAACACCAGUGAUAAUUGAUGACCCUACAGGUCACAUAACACUUAGUGUCUGGACCGACAUACAUGAGGAACAGCUGCCUGUUGAAAAGGACAAAGUUUUUAAACUGGAAAAUCUAUCAUUCUUCAGUGUGUACUUCAGUAAACCAGAAACUGAAAGUUAA